CUCUUUCAUCCUCUAUAUAUAAAGGUCUUACUCUUCAGUCUUUCAUUUCCAGAUUCUUCAUUACUAAUUUCACAUUCUCUCUCUCUGUCUCUAACUGUUUCAUUCACCGAAGAAUCUUCUCAUCUACGCUUCUCAACUGAUAUCGAAGAUGCAGAAAAACGAUUCGUCUAAAUCUCAGGACAGCAGUAGCAGUAUGAAGUCGUCGAUAGAUUAUCAAACACCGAUUCGUUCACCGAGUAACGCAGAGUAUUACUAUGUACCAGCAUCACCAAAUCAUAAAUCAUCAUCAUCAGGUGGUGAUUCAAGAUUUAGUUCUCAGAAUUCUUCAACUUUCCCGCCAAAAUCAUCAAUCUGUAACUCAAUUUAUCUAACUCCUCCUUCAUCUUCAUCUUCUUCUAAUGAAGAAAACAAUCAAAUUACAAAAGAGGAUCGACUUUACCUUGCUCGUGUCAUUCUACUGUAUGAACAAUUAAUGGAUCGGUAUGAAUUAUGUUGGAGCUAUCUCGAAGAUUCGUCAAGGAAAGUUGAUAUAUUAAGUCAAGAAAAUGCUGCUCUUCGAUUGCUUAACAGAGAUCUGAUAAAUCGAUUAAGUCUAUCAACUGAGGUUUCUGGCAAUCAUCAGAAGAAUCACCGCUCUGCUUACAUUUCUUCUGGAUUUCCAACUCUUUCGAUCAUCAACGAUUUUCCUUCUCUCAGCAUUGGAGAUAAUGGAGGCAGUACUGGUGGAGGUGGUGGACCUAAUACUAAGAAUGACAACCGAGUUGCACCGAGUCGUGAAGCUCCAGUUACGAGUCCAACCAGUGUAAUCGGGAAUAAUAGCAAGGGGUUUGAUGAGAAACCAGUUCAAGUUCAAGCAGAUAGAGUUUCUUUGCCAAAGAGCAUCUCCAUUCGUUCUAGUGCUUACUUGAAGAUGAAUCAAUCUAAUAAUCCUGCUGCUACCAAUACAACUGCUCCUUCUUCCAACAAAACAGCCAACCGACUUCGUGUUGCUAGUAAACCAUUCAUUCCUAGCACUGCGCCUCGAGUUAAUUUGCCUACUGUUCCUGCUGUUGGUGAGAACAAAAAAGGAGUUGAUGAUCAAAAGAAGAAGAAGGAGGAGGACCCACUGGAAUUGGAUGUAUACAAUCAAGGAAUGUCAAAGACAGAGUUAUGCAAUAAGUGGCAAGAAACAGGUGUAUGUCCAUAUGGGGACCAUUGUCAAUUUGCGCAUGGAAUUCGUGAACUACGUCCUGUGAUUCGCCAUCCUAGGUACAAAACUGAGGUUUGCAGAAUGGUUUUAAAUGGAGGUUUCUGUCCUUAUGGUCAUCGCUGCCAUUUCCGUCAUGCCCUGACUGAUCAAGAGAAGCGUACCGGUAUUACUCAUUCUUAAUUAGAUUGUCUAGCUUCUACCUACGUGCAAGAUGUGAAUAGCAAAAUGGAGAGUGAUGAAGCAAUAUGGCAAAAAUUUUAAAAAGGGAAAAGCAACAGAAAAGAAGGAAAGAAAAUAGGAAGCUACAUGGGAGAAAGUUAGUAUAUUCAGUGUGUAUAUAGAGAGAGUAUGGCAGUAUCAGUAUGCACAUCAAAAUCAAUAAAGACAGAAAAACAAAAAUAGAAGCACACGUGAGAUAAAGUCAUUGAUAAUAAGAUGAGGGGGUUGCAGAUUUUCUAAGCAUAUUUUGGUUCAGCUUGAAGACGGAAGAGAAGAAAUAGUACAAAAAAUAGCCGGUGAUAUUUUGUUAUGAGCUUAGCUAUACCUAUAUAUGGGAAUCACUGGUUCAUUUUGAAACAGAAGAUAAGAAACGGUACAAAAAAUAGAGGGUGAUAAUGUGAUAUUUUGAUAUGAGCUUAGUUAUACCUAUAUAUGGGAGUCAGCCUCAAGGAAUGGUCGUAAGUUGGAUUUGGCAUCUUGAUCAUCUACCACAUUGUCAGUAUUUUCUGGGGUUAUUCUAUUUCCUUUUUCUCUUUCUCAUUUUUGGAUUUUGCUAUUACUAUAGUAAAAAUUCUUAUACUAGUGGUCAUCUGAGAAGAGGUACUUGUUGCUGAGUAGUCACGUUUAUUGCAAGAGUGGACUGUGUCUAAGUACAGAGUACAGACUGAGAGAAAGAGAGAGAGCAGAGCAGAGCAGACAGAAUUAUUUGUUGGUUAAACUGGGAAUUAAUCGUAUUGAUCGAUCAUUAGUACCCAACUUAUAUUCAUUAUAGUUCAUUCUUAUGGUAAUUUGUAAUGAUGAACUUUCUUAAAUAGUAAGCAAUCUUUGAUUCAAGUUUCCUCAUCA